AUGGUCACCGAAGGAAGAUGUUAUUCUCAUAAGAUCAAGAAUUACUACAACUCAAGUGUUCACUCUACUGGGUUUUUCACUAGGGAGCUAGGUCAGUGCAAGCAAAGGUGGGGGAGGCUUAAUGACUUAGUCUGCAAGUUCUGUGGUUGCUAUGAUUUGGCUUUGAGGGGCCAAGCAAGCGGUGAGAAUGAGAAUGAUGUGAUGAAGAGAGCACUAGACUUCUACUUCAGUGACCAAGGCUCUAAGUUCACUCUCGAGCAUGCUUGGAGAGAGCUAAGGCAUGACCAGAAAUGGUGCUCUUUGGCUAAGCCUAAAGAUCUUGCUACACCGAAGCGGAAGACUGUUGUUGGUGAUGCUGAAGGCGAAGAGGAGGUUACUGGUGCUAGGCCUCCGGGUAUCAAGGCUGCUAAAGCGGCUAAGAAAAAGAAAGGUGUUCAAGAGGAGUCUAAACACACAGAGAUAAAAAGUGUGUUGGAGAUGAAAGACAAACUGAACAAGCAGAAGUUGCUGGAGAAGUUGCUUGAGAAGCGUGACCCUCUUUCAGAAAUGGAAGAGUCACUUAAACUUAAACUGAUUGAGGUGGAAUAG